CACCCUCACUAUGAGCCUCACUUCUUUUAUCCACGGCCGCGUAUCAAAAGGAAAGGACCCUUUCACUGAAUCCAGCCUCACCAUCAACAGCUUUUCGCAAAUCCAACAAUCAAGCAUCUCGGUCCAGAGUAGACAAAAUGUCGUCGCGUUUCUGGACACAGGGUGGGAGUGACUCUGACGAGGAGGAGAGUGAAAAUGAUGAAGAUGAGGUUGAGAAGGAAGAAGCUGGGGAGUCUACUGCCCAAUCUGCUCAAAACAGAUAUCUUAGAGAAACUGCUAGUGAUAGUGAUGACUCUGAUGAUAAAAAACGUGUGGUCAGGUCAGCCAAAGACAAACGUUUUGAAGAGCUGUCAGCCACUGUUGAUCAAAUGAAGAAUGCAAUGAAGAUUAAUGACUGGGUCAGCUUGCAAGAGAGCUUUGAUAAGAUUAAUAAGCAACUUGAGAAAGUCAUGCGGGUGAUGGAAUCAGAGAAGGCCCCUGCUCUUUACAUCAAAGCUCUAGUAAUGCUCGAAGAUUUCUUGAAUCAAGCUUUGGCGAAUAAGGAAGCAAAAAAGAAAAUGAGCAGCAGCAAUGCCAAGGCGUUGAAUGCAAUGAAGCAAAAAUUGAAGAAAAACAAUAAACAAUAUGAAGACCAAAUUAAUAAAUAUAGAGAACACCCUGAAAGUGAGGAAGAACCAGAGGCUGAAGAGGAGGAUGAGUCAGAUUUGGAGUUUGAGGAGGACCCUUCUAAGAUCGCAAUGUCCAAUGAGGAGGAUGAGGAUAAUGUGGAUGACCAAACUGAAAAGGACGGGGGCUGGGAGAAGAUGAUGAGUAAGAAAGAUAAGCUCAUGGAUAAGCAGUUUGCAAAAGAUCCUAGUGAAAUCACCUGGGAUAUUGUAAACAAGAAGUUUAAAGAAAUUGUUGCUGCCCGGGGAAGGAGGGGAACUGGAAGGUUUGAGCAGGUUGAGCAGCUAACUUUCCUGACAAAGGUUGCUAAGACCCCUGCACAGAAGUUGGAGAUUCUAUUUAGUGUGGUCUCUGCCCAGUUUGAUGUGAGUCCAGGUCUCAGCGGGCACAUGCCAAUCAAUGUCUGGAAAAAUUGUGUUCAGAACAUGCUUAUUAUUCUUGACAUUCUGGAACAGUAUCCUAGUAUUGUAGUGGAUGACACAGUUGAGCCUGAUGAGAAUGAAACCCAAAAAGGAGGAGACCAUAAUGGUCCAAUUCGGAUUUGGGGAAACUUAGUGGCUUUUCUUGAGAGGAUCGAUUCUGAGUUCUUCAAGAGUUUGCAGUGCAUUGAUCCACAUACGCAUGAGUACGUUGAGAGACUGCAGGAUGAACCAAUGUUUUUAGUUCUUGCUCAGAAUGCCCAAGAAUAUUUAGAGCAUGUUGGAGACCUUAAAGCUGCAGCAAAGGUUGCUUUGAAACGAGUUGAGCUGAUCUAUUACAAACCGCAAGAGGUUUAUGAUGCCAUGAGAAAGUUGGUUGAACAAACAGAAGAUGGAGGCAAUGGUGAGGAGCCUAAGGUUGAGGGAAGUAGGGGUUCCUCUGCAUUUGUUGUUACUUCUGAGCUUGUGCCUCGAAAGCCUACCUUUCCUGAGAAUAGCAGAGCGAUGAUGGAUGCUUUAGUCUCCCUCAUUUACAAGUCUGGAGAUGAGCGGACCAAGGCUCGUGCUAUGCUCUGUGAUAUCUACCAUCAUGCUCUCCUGGAUGAGCUCUCAACCUCCCGUGACCUGUUAUUGAUGAGUCACCUGCAAGAUAAUAUUCAGCACAUGGACAUUUCAAGCCAGAUACUUUUUAACAGGGCUAUGGCACAGCUUGGUUUAUGUGCAUUCCGUGUUGGGAUGAUCACUGAAGCACAUGGCUGCCUUUUUGAGUUAUAUUCUGGUGGGAGGGUGAAAGAGUUGCUUGCACAAGGUGUUUCACAAAGUCGAUACCAUGAGAAGACUCAAGAACAGGAAAGACUGGAAAGGAGACGUCAGAUGCCAUAUCAUAUGCACAUAAAUCUUGAGCUUCUAGAGUCUGUUCAUCUAAUUUGUGCAAUGCUGCUGGAGGUCCCGAACAUGGCAGCCAACAUUUAUGAUGCUAAGCGCAAAGUCAUUAGCAAGACAUUUAGGCGGUUGCUCGAGGUAACUGAGAGGCAAACUUUCACUGGUCCUCCUGAAAAUGUCAGGGAUCAUGUAAUGGCUGCUACACGGGCCCUUACCAAAGGAGACUUCCAGAAGGCCUUUGAUGUUAUCAACUCUCUUGAUGUCUGGAAGCUCCUCAGAGAUAGAGAUGGUGUUCUUGAAAUGCUCAAAGCCAAGAUAAAGGAAGAAGCUCUGAGGACCCACCUCUUUUCCUACUCUUCCUCCUAUGAUUCAGUGGGCUUGGACCUGCUGAGCAAAAUGUUUGACCUUUCACCAAUCCAGACUCAGAUCAUUGUAAGCAAAAUGAUGAUCAAUGAGGAGCUCCAUGCAAGUUGGGACCAGCCAACACAGUGCAUUGUCUUCUAUGACAUUGAGCGCACACGGUUGCAGGCUCUGGCAUUCCAGCUGACAGAGAAGCUGUCAAUCCUUGUUGAAAGUAAUGAAAGAGCAAUAGAGACUAGGAUUGGUGGUGGUGGUCUGGAUUUACCUCAGAGGCGGAGAGAAGGCCAGGAUUUCGCUAAUGCGGCUGCCUCAGGCGGCAAGUGGCAAGAAAAGUCAUCUUUCAUUCAGGGAAGGCCAGGUUAUAGCCGUUCUGGAUAUAGUGGUGGUGGAAGAUCCCAGGACCUAGGCCAAGUUGUUGGGGGUGGCCAUUCGAGGGGGGCUGGUCAUUUACGAGCAGGAGGUGGAUAUUCUGGAGGCUCAAGGUAUCAGGAUGGUUCAUCUCGCAUGGUUAAUCUCCAAAGGGGAGCUCGUGCUUGAAGAAAUUUUGCUAGAAACCACUGGAAAGAGAUUACAACAACCAAUUUUCUGCUUUUCUAAUUGCUCUUGAUAUUGAUAGGAACCUUAUUUGGAAUCGAGUAGUAAACUAGGAAGCUUGUUUUGUUGUUUCCAUUUCUUGUCAAACACUCUUCAUUAUCAGAACUCUUCUUUGUUGAAAUCUCGAUCAAAAUAAUGAACUCCAUCACAGUCAUCCUGUUUCUAGCU